AUGCGAGAUGAUAAAGGAGUCCAUGAAGUUGAUGGGCUGAGUGCCGCUGCACAUUGGAUGUCUUGGUUUCUGACGGUCUUCAUCUACAUCGUGCUGGUGAUGGCGGUCUACACACUGCUAUGCGGCAUUAGCAUCAGCGCGAACGGUCCGGUCUUAGCCGAAAGUGACCCCUCUCUGCUCUUCGUGUUUCUCCUGUGCUACGGCGUGUGUGUCGUUUCAUUCUGUUUUAUGAUCAGUGUGUUCGCACAGAAAGCCAACGUGGGUGCAGCUAUUGCAGGGAUCCUCUUCUUCUUCACCUACUUCCCCUACUUCUUCCUCCAAUCUCGCUACGAAACUAUGUCUCGCCCCGAGAAGCUGGGCGUCUCCAUCCUCCUGAAUAUGGCCAUGGCCUACGGGGCGAAUGUCAUCUCCUUGUACGAAGGGACUG